UUUUUAUCAAACCUGUUGAAAUUCGGUGACGAGGUAAACAUCACCCGCAGCAAGAAAGUGCUUCAUGACAUGACAUGGCUUGAUUAUGAUGUCAAAAACUGCCUCUUAUCAAGACAAAGAAUAUGAUAAUACAAAAUGGAUGUAAAGCUUUCUAGAAUUACCAGUACUUCCACUUUAUUUGGGAGUGAAGUCAAGGAAGACAUACUGCAUGUUGCAGAUUUAACUGAAAAAAUAUUAAAGUGUCUAACAUUUAAAAUACUAGAUAAAAUUAUAGAUGAAGAAGCACAACAUGGACAGUUUGACAUAUCUUUAAUUCCUGGUAAUAUUUUAAAUGAACUUCAUGCUGCUAAAUGUCAGCAUGCAAAAGACUGUGAAAUUGGAAAGGGUAAUGAUUUAGAUCAGUGGUUUAUGAUUAAAAUGGAAAAAUUAAUAAAUGUACAAGCUGAUUAUGCAGUGCGUAACCACCAUCAGCGUUUUCACCGGAUAACUGCACAGCUUAAAUUAGAUAACGAAAUUCCAUUUGCUUAUAACACAUUCGUUAAAAUUUGUAAAAAGUUAUUUGAUGAAGAAAUUUCUUGGCACAGAAUUUUAGCUUUAAUUUGUUUUGGAGCAGAAAUUGGUGUAUCAAUAAUAAAGCAUGGCAGACCAGGAGUUGAGAAAUUUCUAAACAAAGUUGUGCAUUAUGUUGUUGAAUUUACCGUUAAGGAAGAAAUAGCUCAUUGGAUAUCGCAACACGGAGGAUGGAUGGCAAUUGUUGACUUGUUUGAUUCAGAAAAUUGUCCAGAACGAGCAAAUCACAUUUUAACAGUGAUGGCGUUUUCUGAAGUUACAAAUUUAGAAGUUUGGAUGAAAAGAAUAGUUGCAGUGGCUGCCAUCACAGGAAUUCUUUUUACUGUACAAAAAAUUGUGUUUUACCGCUAAAUAUGAUAUUUUAUACUUUAAAAUGCAUUUCCUGUUUUGUUUAUAUUACAAUGCAUUUUAUCAUUUAUGAUGUAUUUUAAAAUUGUAAUGCAUAUUUAUAUAUCAUUAAAUCUUUAAAUGAUUUCACUGCAAGGAUUCAAGAUUGUAAGUUUAGUUAGAUUUGACUUUAUUGCUGCAAAAACAUGGAAAAUACUAGAUCAUGUUAUUAUGGUAUUUUAUACAAUUUUUAUCUUGUCUGAAAUUUAUUCCAGACUUGGCCAGUAUACCUAAAACGCACCCUGUAAUUUUUAAACCAGUCUUGGUAAUUUCGUAGAAAGCCCUGCGGUCUUAAAAUGAUCUGAAUUACCUGUGCACUUUUUUAAAUAUGCAGUAUUUCACAGCUACUUAUAUUCACUUUUAUGAAAGUAUACAUACACAGUGAUAUUUCCAAAUAAAUUACAUACAUUAGAUUCUUUAUGUGUUACCCGGCAAAACUUUAUCAUGGUGAAAAAUUCCUUGGUUUCUUUGGAAUGUCUGUGGUUUUGACAAGUGUAACCCCAGACUUUUAUUUGUAUUUUUAUCUUACAUAUUUUUAAUAUGGUUCUGUAUUUAGUUAGCUAUACCAUAUUGGUAAAAAACUGAUAUUUUUUUAAAAAAUUUUGGUGACUUUAUAUGGUCGAUGGUUGAUUGAUGGAUUUAGCUCCCUCUCCAUGCCUUUGUUUUUUAAUAACACUAUCUUGCUAUGUUAAAACGUUAAACGAAAUGUUAAACAAAAAAUUUGUUCUAGAACUAAAGAAAAUAAAUUUUAGGCACACAUGGCAUUUUGGACAAAUCUGAUGAUGUCACAGAAAAUAUGCUGGCAUUAACAAGAAUUGUUUUAUUGCUUUUUUGAGAUAUUACAACUGUUCCAUGUCUGAUUUUAUUUCGGAAAGCCUGUCAAAAGUUAUGAAGGAGGGGGUGGGGUAGAAUCAUUCCUCUCUUACCUGUCAUAAUAUGUUUAAAAGACUCCAAAAUAAAUCCAAAAUUGGAUUCCACAUACUAUGUUGCUUUAAGUAAACACUAAGAUGCUAUUUUUAUUACAGAUGUUGAGCAGGAUUAAGAUCAUUACACCUCAACUGCAAUUUCUUUUACACUUCUUAAAAAUAUUACAAGCAGCAUAUGCUUAGGAUUAUUAUAUGCACAUAGAUGUAUAUAUAUAUAUACACUCUUUUUUAUAAGUAUGAUGCUUAUACAAGCAUACUUCA